GAACGUUCUGAACAUAACAGCAACCUAUGAUUUUUUCAAAAGUCAUGUCACAACAAGGAUUACGUUCGUUCCUACGUGAAGUAUCGGCAAUAUCUGAGAGAUUAGCUCAGUUGAAGUUAUCAGACACUAUCACAGACAGUAGUGACGCUUAUACGGCUGAAACGGAAACGUUAUCCGAACGCGCACGUCGUCUUGUAUCCACUGUUAAUCUGGAUAUGAUUGGUGCAGUUCUUCCGGAUCGUCUUGGUCUUGAAUCGAUGACUGCUCCAAUGUAUUAUGUUGAUAUUUAUGAAUCGGAAAAUAUUCAUGCUUGUUUAUUUGGUUUCAAAAGUUGUGACUUUUCGUUCCCGUUACACGAUCAUCCAGAUAUGUACGGAUUUGUAAAGGUUCUUCGUGGUGCCCUAGCAAUUAAUUCAUAUACUGAACUUUCUCAUGGUGAACGAGAAGCAAUGAAACGAACAGAAUCGAACGGUCUGUCAUCUAAUGUUACGAUAGCCAGAUUUGAAGGUAUCAGUAAUCGUUGGCAUAGCGAUGAUUGCGUAUAUUUGAGCCCUAAAUUUGGUAACAUUCAUUCGUUGGUACCACUUGAAGAUGGUACGGCAUUUUUUGAUUUACUCAUGCCUGGUUAUGGUAAUAAGCCAUGUACCUAUUUUAAAAAUCUUAUACAAAAUCCGAAAUUAAAGCAAACAUGUUUAUUGCAAAAAAUUGCCGAACCAGAUGAUUAUUAUUGCCAACUUCUACCUUAUGAGAAAAUUAGGGAUUUUGAUUAA